GCCGUGUUACGGUCGUAAUUAAGCCCUUAUUACGUAUCGUAAUAUCGACCCUUAAUAACAAGUUAACAACACUGCCCUCACCAGUGUCACGAAUCAUAUCGUAACAUCCUCGUCGGUAGACGACAGAUGGACGUUGAGAUGAGUAAGAUGGACGCUUUGCAGAGGCAACAUUUCGCUAAGACCGCGAACAGACGUCGUCGCACGGCGGGACAAGUCAUGGUUCCCGGCGUGACCACUGCUGUUCUUGACACAACACCUUCCGAUUCGGCCUCCCUUUCUGUCGACACCCCCUUCCGAUUCGGCCUCCCUUUCUAUCGACACCCCGUCUCCGGUUCUUUUGUGCUCGUAUCCUCUCAGUUCUAUCCCAACGCCAGCGUCAACUCGCUCGUCGAGGUCUCAUCGCCGACAGUGCGCCUCCUCACUCGCUCGGUCACCAGAGGGGCCAUCGCGUCAUCAUCUCGCUCGUCGAGGUCUGGUCCCCGGAGGUGCGCCUCACUACUCGCUCGGUCACCAGAGGGGCUAUCAUCAUUGCUGAAGCCCCGUUCUUUGGAACUGGGGAUGAAUUGGACAAAGUGGAGGAGAUGAGAAAGAGAGGUGUGGAUCUCAGCUUUGAGCUUGAAGCGGACGAGGUGUGAAGUGCAAACGACCUCAGCCUCGAUCACUCACACAAAGAGAGACAGGGAGAGCUUAUAUAGUCGGUUAUAUACUCCAUGAUAAUCAUGACAUGUCGAUAUACUGAUCUUC